CGGCCAAGCCAUGCCUCCUACUACUACUUCCCCCACCAUAUCCGCCUCCCCCCUCCACCUCCGCGUCCCCUCUGGCAUCCCCCUCCUCCCGUCCACAAACCCUAACCCUAAUCUCGCCGGCUCCUCCGCCGUCGCGGCCCGCCCCCACCGCCGUCCUCGCCGCUCCCCGCGUUCGCCUCGGUUCCCGCUCCACCCCCGGAGCGUCCCUCCACGCGCGCGCGCGGGUGGGCACUAGCUAGGGUUUCGAUAUGGACCCGCGCCGCCCUUCCCCGCGCGGCGGCGCCAACGGCAGCGGGUUCUCCUACUCCAACCUCUUCAACCUCGAGCCAUUGCUAAACUUUAAGGUCCCUUUACCGGAAGAUCUUGAUCGAUAUGGGAAUAGUAGCCCAAAUGGGAGCGUGAGUAGUCAAGGUCAAGGGUCCUUGUCGGAUCAGUACAAUGGUGUGAGUGAUGCUUCUCAUGGGCUGCAUCGAAAGCGAAAAAGGCAUCUUGGUGUUGCGAGCGAUGAUGAGGAAGCAGAUGACCACAGUAACCAAAUAACCGAGGAGCACUACCGUACAAUGCUGAGUGAACAUGUUCAAAAGUACAGAAGGUCAAAGGAUAAGGAGGGUGUUUUUGGUUCUGAUCCUCCUCGGGCAGACACCCCCCAAAUGAUAAAACACAAAAAUGGCAAUACAAGAGUUAUGAAAUACAGAAGUGAUUUCAAGGAUGUUGCAGCAUUAGGUGUGUUAGAAACCUCACCUGAGUAUAAUGGGAUGGGAUCUAUUAGUGCAUAUGGUGGUUUCAAUAAGAUUGUAGCUUCACUUGAUUCUUCCUAUUUGGAUAUGGGGGAUAAUGUGAGCUACUUAAUUCCAGAGGGUUAUGAUAAGUUGGCAUCUUCCCUUAAUCUGCCUGUUUUUUCUGAUAUACGUGUCGAGGAGCAUUUCUUGAAUGGCACGCUAGAUCUGCGCACCCUGUCAGCAAUGCUUGGCACUGACCUUAAGUUUGAGGCUACUAGUCGUGGUGGAUUAGCCGAACCUCAGCCUCAACAUGAAUCACUCAAGGAAAGGGUAAAGAUCCAGAAAUUUGCACUUCAAGUAACUGAGGACCCCUUUGCAAUUCCAGAGGGAUCAGCUGGGAGAAUACGAAGAUCUAUUAUUUCAGAAUCUGGUAGUUUGCAGGUUCAUUAUGUUAAAGUCUUGGAAAAAGGAGAUACAUAUGAGAUUAUCGAGCGGAGCUUGCCAAAGAAGCAAAUAGUGAAAAAGGAACAUUCUGAAAAUGUGAAAGAAGAUUUGGCAAGUUUUUUGAAACGCUGGCAUAUUAUUGCUAGAAACAUUCCAAAGCAUCACAGAAAUUUCACUGCUUUGCUGAAGAAACGGCAAAUGGAUGCUAAACGCUUUUCUGAGAAUUGUCAACGGGAGGUGAAGCUCAAGGUCAGCAGGUCACUGAAACUGAUGAGAAGUGCUCCAGUACGCACAAGGAAGCUUGCUAGGGAUAUGUUGAUAUUUUGGAAACGGGUAGACAAGGAACAGUAUGAGUUGAGGAAAAGAGAGGAAAGAGAUGCAGCUGAAGCUUUGAAGCGAGAAGAGGAACUACGCGAAGCAAAAAGACAGCAGCAGAGGCUCAACUUUCUGCUAUCCCAAACUGAGCUCUAUAGUCACUUUAUGCAGAAUAAGGCUGGCGAAUCAGCACUGCCUGAUGAGGGAUCUGCUCCUGAGGUUGAUGACGAGGAAGAUCCCGAGGAAGCUGAAUUAAAAAGAGAGGCUUUUAGAGCUGCUCAGCAUGCCGUUUCCCAACAAAAAAGGAUGACAAAUGCAUUUGAUAGUGAAAUUGUGAGGCUUUGUCAAUCUGCGGAGUCUGGCAUUCCAACAGACGAUUCAGCUACUAUGGAGCCUAGCAAGAUUGAUCUCUUACACCCCUCAACAAUGCCUGAGCAGUCAUCUGUGCAGACCCCUGAGUUGUUUAAAGGUGUAUUAAAAGAAUAUCAGUUAAAGGGCUUGCAGUGGCUGGUCAAUUGCUAUGAACAGGGGUUAAAUGGCAUUCUUGCUGACGAGAUGGGUCUUGGCAAAACUGUGCAGGCUAUGGCAUUCUUAUCCCACUUGGCUGAGGAUAAAAACAUAUGGGGUCCCUUCCUGGUGGUUGCUCCUGCAUCUGUUGUGAAUAAUUGGGCUGAAGAGGUAAUCAGAUUCUGCCCUGAUCUUAAGAUACUCCCAUAUUGGGGCCCAGAAAGGGUGGUUCUUCGCAAGAACAUCAAUCCCAAGCGUCUUUAUCGGAGAGAUGCUAGCUUCCACAUUCUCAUCACAAAUUAUCAGAUACUUGUGAAUGAAGAGAAGCUUUUGAGACGUGUUAAGUGGCAGUACAUGGUAUUGGAUGAGGCCCAGGCUAUAAAAAGUUCAAGCAGCCAGCGCUGGAAGACUUUGCUGAGCUUUAACUGUAGAAAUCGCUUGCUUCUUACUGGGACACCAAUUCAGAACAACAUGGCUGAGCUAUGGGCACUUCUUCAUUUCAUCAUGCCCACUUUGUUUGACAGCCACGAACAGUUUAAUGAGUGGUUCUCAAAAGGGAUUGAGGGCCAUGCUGAACAUGGAGGGACCUUGAACGAACAUCAACUUAGUCGACUGCAUGCUAUAUUGAAGCCGUUUAUGCUCCGCCGUGUUAAGAUUGAUGUCAUAGCAGAAAUGACGGAAAAGAAAGAAGAAAUUGUGCCCUGCAGAUUGAGUUCUCGCCAGCAAAUCUUCUAUCAAGCCAUAAAGAAUAAGAUCUCUCUUAAUGAGUUGCUUGAUGGAAGUCGUGGCAAUCUAAAUGAUAAGAAGCUGCUUAGCCUGAUGAAUAUUGUCAUGCAGCUACGUAAGGUCUGCAAUCAUCCAGAGCUGUUCGAGCGCAAUGAGGGAAGCUAUUACUUUUAUUUUGCGGAAAUCCCAAAUUCUCUUCUUCCUCCCCCAUUUGGGGAGUUGCAAGAUAUACAUUAUGCAGGCAAGAGGAAUCCUAUAGUGUUUGAGAUUCCAAAGUUAGUUUAUGAAGGGAUCAUCUGUAACACAGAAAUACCCGUCGAUGGUUGUGGAUUCCGGAAUGGAUAUAUCAACAGGCUGUUCAAUAUUUUUUUGCCAAGCAAUAUCCAUAAUUCGGCAGUUCCAGAAUCAACUUCACGAACCACAUCUGUUCUGCCAUCUGGUGCAUUUGGCUUUACACGUUUAACGAAUCUGUCCCCAGUUGAAGCUUCCUUCCUGGUCACUUCUUCAUUAUUUGAGAGACUAGUGUUUUCAGCGACACGUUGCAAGAUGGAGUAUGUUGAUGAAAUCGUGGAUCUAUUCCUUGAUUCAGAAGGUUCUGAUCUCCAGCUCAGUCAGUAUGAUGCCACAAAAGUCCGGGCUGUUACUAGAUUAUUGCUUUCACCUAAAAGGGCAGACUCCAGUUUGCUCAGAACAAAAUUUGAAAUAGGCCUGAGCGAUAACCCGUGUGAAGCACUAGUGCUUUCUCACCAUGAUAGGCUUGUCUCGAACAUACGGCUUCUUCGUUCAACAUAUGGUUUUAUCCCACCAGCUAGAGCACCGCCGAUAAAUGUCUGUUGUUCAGAUCGGAAUUUUGCCUACAAGUUAACAGAUGAGAUGCAUGAUCCCUGGAUCAAGAAGCUGUUUCUGGGAUUUGCUCGCAUUUCCGAGUUUAAUGGUCCUAGAAUACUGAAUGGUCAUAAUACUUUCAUACAGGAAGUAUGUACUGAUUUGCCCAUCCCUGAGCCGAUGCUACAGUUACCGUACAGGAUAUUCGGGUCAUCUCCGCCUAUGAGUAAUUUUGAUCCAGCUAAAAUGCUCACGGAUUCUGGGAAGCUCCACACGUUAGAUAAACUACUGCGGCAACUCCGAGCUGAAAAUCACCGUGUGCUCCUAUUUGCUCAGAUGACUAAAAUGUUGGACAUCCUUGAGGACUACAUGAAUUUCAGGAAAUUCAAGUAUUUCAGACUGGACGGGUCUUCUGCAAUUUCUGAUCGUCGUGACAUGGUCCGGAAUUUCCAGAACAGGAAUGAUAUAUUUGUCUUCUUGCUAAGUACAAGAGCUGGGGGACUAGGAAUUAAUUUGACUGCUGCUGACACGGUUAUAUUUUACGAAAUUGACUGGAAUCCGACACAAGACCAGCAGGCAAUGGAUAGAACACACAGACUUGGUCAGACGAAGGAGGUAACCGUGUAUAGACUUAUAUGCAAAGACACUAUUGAGGAGAAAAUCUUGCAAAGGGCAAAGCAGAAGAAUGCAGUGCAAGAGUUGGUUAUGAAAGGGAAACAAGUUCAGGAUGAUCAUCUGAUGAGACAAGAGGAUGUUGUUUCAUUACUUCUUGAUGAUACACAGAUUGCACACAAAUUGAAAGAAAUAUCAAUGCAGGCAAAGGAUCGAUUAAAGAAGAGGCGAGCAAAGGCCAUCAAGGUUGACAAAGAAGGAGAUUUGAAGCUUGAAGACUUGGAUGAUCCAACUGAAGAACCUGUAGAACAAGAUAAUACAACCAGCAAAAAGAAAAAAAGCUCGCACAAGAAACCUCCAAAGUCACAGGAUAAUGAUGGUGCGGAUGGCGAUGUUCCUGAGAGUGGUCCUGUCAAAAAUGAGGAGCAUAUUGCUUCCCUGAGGCCUAAAAGAUCAAAGAGACUAGUGAGGAGCACGGGUGAGGAUAAGGAACCCGUUGCUGCUUGUGAUGUUGAGAAACCUGCAGAUGCAGCUGAAAACAAUGACAACAAUGAUGCAGAAGAGUUGCAAGACCAGACUCCUUCUGCCUAGUUGACCUACUGGGCUGACCUGAUGAGAACAUAAGAUGCGAAUGGCAAGACUCUAAUUUGUGGUGUCGAGUAGGAGCAUCAAAGAUGGCACCCAGAGAAGGAGCUCUGGAUCUGCUUAAGGUGUUACGCGGUUUAUUAAGUAUUUUAACUCUGCUGUGCAGCUUCUUUUCAGAAGCCUGGGACUGCAACUUGGCUGCAGUUGCAAUGAGCUGAGCCCAAUGAUGGCUGUUACGCCAGCCUUUAUCCCUGCUGUUGGUGAUACUCGCUCUAGCCAUUUUGUAAAUAAGUAUUAGCAAUGUUCCGUCACAUAUAGGAAUAAUUUUGCUGUGUAAAGAGAGUAGUGAUGUAGACUUUUGUUAGGCUAAAAAUGAACAGGGCAGGAAAUAUCUGCUGUGCUUCCGAGUUGGAAACAUAUAUCACUAAAUUUAUGACUUUAUUUAGUCGGUCUAAUAGAUGAUAUGUGUGUCUAUUACUCCCACCGUUUCAAUAAGGGUUUGCCAAAUCA